CCCGCGCCCUCUCCACUGAACAGACCUCGUACCUGACCAGUCCAGCAGACACCCUGCAAAGUACUGACAGUCUGACACCAUCAGGCAGCAGAGAUAGCACAUCCCCUGUCUGUCGCCACUCAGGAGUAUCCACUGUCGCAACGACACGAGCGAGCGCAACGUAGCAACUGAUCACACCCCCUAUUUCAGCUUGAAACCAAAAGCGCAGGCAUCUGCGCCUGCUCCGCUCAGCAGCCCACGCAGUCAAACAAGCCAAAACAAACACCUUCUGUCAGUCUCUUUGUGGUCUUUGUUGUCCCCUCUCAUCCUCGCAACAACACAACCCUUCUUGUGCGGGUGCGAACGUGUUGCGAUUGUCUCUUUUGCAAAGGUGCAACUGACCAUACGAUGAUUGCAGUGAGUCGCCGCGUUGCUGAACUACCGACCUACACCAAGCGCAGUCCCUCACCUAGCGACAGUAUCAGAAAGCAAACGCCAAAACCCUUCCUCACCUCCACACCGCCGACAAGUCCGCGUCGCGAUGCUUUUCCGCAAGACAAGCACACUUUUGCAUUACUGAGUUCACCCCUUGGCCGCUAUGAACAAGUUGCACCUCAAGUCUUUGCAUUAACCGUUGCUCAGCUCGACCAGGCACUUCAACAAGAAGCCAAGCUACCCCUGACAGAAACGAAGGACAUGUUCCCCUGGUUGCAUGGCAUCCAUAGGGAUAACUGGGCGCAGCGUGAUUUCUUCCGUUGGCAUGAUCGAGUGGAUGCGUCAUCGCCGCGUACAUACCGAGGGAUUGCUCUGGUACAUGCAGGAAAACCUUCAACAGGGCUACUGGAAGGCGCCAUCGGUGCUGAUGACCUCUUGGACCCUAAACGCGAUGCAUUUGUUGACCUAGAUGCCGUGCAUGGUGUCAGUUUGCGCAACUUCCACACACAGCAAGUCAAGUGUGCCAUGCUAUCUGAUGUUGUGCUCUACACCAGUAGCGACGCUAGAGAAGAUGUUGCCAUCAUGCUCAACACGGCGCAACGCAUCGUUCGCGCUCAACAGCAAUUCAGCGAGCAAUGGCAUGGCAAUGGUCCAUCUUACAACGUGUAUGUCAUUGAAGACACGUUCCCGGUCAUUGAGCGUGAUUUUCCACACCUGGUCAACAUCAAGCGAGACGGUACAAGGAUGCCUUCGUCACGCGACUUCAUUGAGCUUGAACAACUUGAGAUGCGUAAAAUGAGCCAAGCAUCUGAGAUAUCACAAAAUGUAUAUCUCGGAUGUGAUUGCGACUGGAUUGAAAACUCGACGGUCCAGCCUGAUGGCAAACCCCCGCGAGAGCAAUUUGGUAUACACAUUCGAUGCGAAGACUAUGUUGCCAUUCCGUCCAUUCGCAACAAUGAGAUUCGUGAUUCAGGCGACGCGAGGCAUGUGCUUGAGUGCGUCUUCCCUUCUUCAGGAUGCCUAACGAGCCCCGGUCCAGAAGAGGAACAAGAUUUGCUUGAUUUCUGCGACUGGAUGUACAAGCAAACCCAUGAGCAAGCUAGUUCAGGAAAGGCUCAAACAACGGUAUCUUCGUCGACCAUCUACGGUGGCGUCUUUGCCGAAACAAGCGCUCAGAACAGCAUGACUCCAGCAAAACAAACGCGCAAUGUGCUCCUGACUUGUAAAGACGGCUACACCGAGACAAGUCUCCUGGCACUCUGCUACCUGGUGUACGCUGAAGGUCUCUCUGUUGACCAAGCGUUUCUGAAACUGCACCUGGACAAGCGACGCAACUUUUACUGCUUUUCAGAUGAUGUCGCCACUUUACUCGCACUCGAGCCAUUGCUCCUCAACGCGUCACCUGUUCCACGCGCACAGGUCCUGACGGGUCUGCACCAGACUCCCCUGCCAUGGUUCCAAUCCAGUGUGGGUCAACAAUUUUCUGGCAACUUGCCAUCACGCAUCAUGGAUCACCUCUAUCUCGGCAAUCUCGAACAUGCUGAUAAUCUCGCCAUGCUCAAGGCAUUGGGUAUCACACGUAUCUUGUCUGUGGGUGAACACCCUGCUUGGCAAAUGCAAUUGCGUCACUUGGAUAGCCGAUUGAAGCCAGAGGCACAUCUUUGGGUGCGACAAAUUCAAGAUGAUGGUAUUGACCCGCUCGCAAAGCAAAUUGAGCGAUGCCUCGAAUUUAUUGAGGAAGGGUUCAAACAAGGUCAGCGUACCCUUGUACAUUGCCGUGUGGGCGUUUCCCGCAGUGCAUCCAUUUGCAUUGCUGAUGUUGUCAGACGUCUUGCUCUUCCAUUGCCUGAAGCGUACCUUAUGGUUCGAGCACGACGCUUGAAUGUCAUUAUCCAGCCAAACUUGCGAUUCAUGUAUGAAUUGCUGGAUUGGACACAGCAUGAACUCACCAAGCACCGACAAGCAGCAGGUGACGCGACGCAGGAACUCGUGCCUAGGAAUAUGACAUGGCCGGCACUGGCAUCUCGCAUUGCAGCCCUUAAUCGUCACUACAUCUCAGGCAGUGGCUAGCUUCUCUGACUCAAAAAAGAAAAUGGGCCUCAAAGCUGUUUUUUGCAUUCAUUUUACGCCUCCUUCUUCGUUUCGCUAUCCAACAGCGUAUGGCCUUUCUUUUGUCCUUUCUCUCAAAUUUCCUCUACGUUCUGACGACAUGACCAAGCUAUCUUUACUUUUCUUUUUGUGCUACAGAGCGUCUAG